AGGACACCCACUACGAGGCACGUCCAAGUUCCGAGAAUCACAAUGUCGUCGGCGCGCACAGACACACAGACGGACGCUGACAUGGUAGUAGUUGCUGGCAACUAUUGCAAUUCAAGUCCUUCUUCCAAUUCUCGGCACAGCAGCAGUCGAAUUACCAGCGAUCACAUUGGCAGUAUGCCACCAGGCGCCGCCUCCGAAGCUGGGGCGCCUCCAUCGGUGCCUCUCAGCUUUUCGAAUAACUUCUGGGGCCGGGACGAUGCGGGAGUCGACCCCCUCCUCACACGAAUGCAGAACGCGAAGACGACAUGUGAUGAACUUAAGGCCUUUUAUAAUGCGCGGGCUGCUCUGGAAGAGGACUACGCGAAGAAGCUACUGAAUCUGUCACGGAAACCGCUGGGAAGCGUGGAACAAGGAACUCUACGUGCCAGUCUGGACAUCGCCCGCGGAGAAACUGAGUCCAUGGGAAAGCAACACGCUCUGAUAGCGCAGCAGAUGAAGUCCGAGCUGGAAGAACCUCUGGCUGCGUUUGCCGGAGGCAUGAAGGAACGUCGCAAGAUUAUCCAGACGGGAAUCGAGAAGUUACUCAAACUGAAACAAGCUCAGACCGCACACGUCAACAAGGCUCGAGACAAGUACGAACAAGAUUGUCUGCGGAUUAAGGGUUACCUAGCCCAAGGCCACAUGGUUAUGGGACAAGAGGAGCGGAAAAACAAGGCCAAACUGGAAAAGACGCAGAUCAACAUGGCUGCAAACUCCAACGAAUACGAAGCGGCCGUCAAGGUGCUGGAAGAAACCACUGGGCGAUGGAACAAGGAAUGGAAAGCCGCGUGUGACAAAUUCCAGGACCUGGAGGAAGAACGAAUUGACUUUACCAAGUCCUCGCUUUGGGCCUUUGCCAACAUCGCCUCGACGGUUUGUGUAUCGGACGAUGCGUCGUGCGAGAAGAUCAGGUUGGCUCUCGAGAACUGCGAGGUCGAAAAGGAUAUCACUUCUUUCAUCAAGACGUGUGGCACAGGACAGGAAAUUCCAGACCCGCCACGAUAUAUCAAUUUCUGUCGCGGGGAUGUGGACAGUCAAUCAGAGGUUUCGGAAGACGAGAACUACUCGGUUGCCCAGUUUUCACGCACCACCAAUCCUGCCUUCCGCUCUUCUUCACCCACGCACUCAAGCACCGGCACCGGAACGAGGAGUACUCGGAAUGGCACUCCACAACGUCAAUCCGAAGAGCCAAUGGGCCCAGAUGAGGAUGAUGUUCCCACACCAUCAAAUGUCAACAGUGGUCGUCCAAGACCGCUCAAUUUUAAACAGUCUGGACCCAAUGUGCCUCCAAACUACUCCCCCAGCCAACAUGGCGACGUGCCUCAAGUCCCGCACAACCAAUAUCCCACUGAUGGAAUGACGAUGUUUUGUCGAGCGGAUGCCUCGUCUGUGGCGGGGUCUGCUCUAUCUUCCAACACGAGACCCGAGAGCAGAGACAGCCAAAGCGAAUACUCGGCUCCCAGCUCCUUUACCAGUGCGGAGCCCAUGUCUGGUGCAGCCUCUCCAACCAAGAUGGCCCCCGUCAAUGGAGUUGGUCUGCCCGGCAUGGCUUCACCUGAGAAGUCUGUUCAGAAGAAACGAUCGGGCUUCUUCUCAAAUAGCCCAUUCCGCCGCAAGUCCAGAAAGGAACACGACCCUAUUUCCACCAGCAGCCCUCCCAACCGGAAUACCUGGAAUCCAGGCGCAUCUACAGCCGGCAGGAUAAAUCUCAAUCCGACAGUGCCAGGCAGCACGCAGUCCAGUCCAACGAAGUCGCCCACUCGACAGGCUCCUAGCUUCUUCAACCGCUCUUCGGUGAACCUGGCCCCCGAAGGGGAAGAGGCCCCUGAUCCUCGAGCAAGCUUCCAACUGAAUGUCGGCAAUAAUGUUUUUGACGUGGCCAGCCCUGACAAUCAGCAAUCAACACCGAGGGCCAAUGCUAUUAAUCGCCGCAAUCAAUAUCUUCCUCCACCAUCUGCCACGGAUGGUGACCUGGAGCAUGACCCUAUUGCCCGAGCCCUUGCAGACCUCAAGCAAAGCUCCAACGGUGUCACGGGGAUGGCCAAACAGUCCAGUAUGCGAGUUCCAGUUGAUCGAUUCCACGGGGUUGCUACACCAGCACCUGACCAAGAGCCCGCUGCUCGACCUGAUUUCAUGAGCGCUGAUAGUCAAGCACGAAUGGCUGCACAACGAGGGACACCGCCUCCAGCUUACGACACUACAAGUGGCAAGCCACAAAGUGUUCUUGGUGUGCCGCAACCAGCACAUACCAAGAAAGAAAUGCUGAACCGGACAGAAACAUGGGGAACCGGCUCAGUGGCUUCAAAUCCCAGAACUGGUCAGCAGUCCCGACCCGGGACCCGAGAUGGGAGACGAAGUCCAGGACCAGGAAUGAUCAGAGCGGCCAGUCCACAGCCUCAAGGCCAGUACCAGCCCCAGCAACGAGCGAGAAGCCCGGCCCCUGGUAUGGUACCCAGGGCGGCUAGUCCACAGCCACCAAGCCAAUAUCAACAACGAUCAAGGAGCCCACUUCCGCCGGGAAUGAUGCCACGAGGCGCCAGUCCACAACCCCAGAAUCCGUUCACUAACGGCCAUAUGCGAUCACGCAGCCCUGCCCCAGGCAUGAUGCACCAAGGCGGAAGUUCCGGAUCCCUGCCAAGGUCAGCUUCUCCCAAUCCGUAUGGGGGUGGACGACAACAACAACAUUGGCAGCAGAGCCAGCCCCCGAGAAACGGCAAUGGCAUGGAAAUGCAGCUCAGUUCGCAGGAUGUUGCAAGAUACGACAAUUCCAGAGACAGAAGCCGGCAGGAGCAGCCGAGACCAAAUUCCAGUUUCGGAGGUGACCCUUACCAGCAGCAGCAAGGUUACGGCGGUGGCGCAAGACCAAGAGGGAACACGGACAUGGCGCUCAAAAGAGAGCGAAGCAAGAGCCUGGCGGCCAUGCCUUAUCGUCCUGCUGCACAAGCACAACCGCAGGUCUUGCAUUAUGCUCGCGCAAUGUACAGUUACACAGCGGCGAUCCCCGAAGAACUGAGUUUCCACAAAGGCGACAUUCUGGCCGUGUUGAGGAUGCAAGAUGACGGAUGGUGGGAGGCAGAAGUCAAAGAGAGUGGCAGGGGCACGAGGCUCGGAGGCAUUGGUCUUGUUCCAAGCAAUUACCUCCAGAGAUGCUAGAACGUGAAAAAUUGGAACCGAGAGUCAUAUGUCUUUUGAGAUUGCUGGCUUGUUGGAGCAUCGAUCUGAGGAAUGUACAGUUUGGUGUUUUGACAUGCUUGGAAUGAAAUGGCAUGUGUUUGUUUGUGCUGUGUCUGUUUGUGCUGAUGAUACCUUGGACAGCAUAGGACACUGGCAUCCCAUCUUCUUUGACCCGACGUUGCGCGGAUUUCGAGCGGGUGAUUUCGCGGAGCGAGGAUCAGGUACUGUUCUUGGUGGGUGUGAAGAGGAAUGAAUGUCAAUCGAGCCGCAUCCACCUAUCUUCUUGUCUGUCAUCCAUUCCCACCAAAGGUCGAGUUGGGUUAGGUUGCCCUCUAGAGGAAGAGAGCGCAAUAUUUGUGUGUUUCUGACUUGUCAAAGUCAUCUAUCUGCAACGGAGCCGAGCUCAUUGUAUAAGGAAGGGGCUGGCGAAAUGGCGCCGGCGCAAAGCUAUGUACAUCUAGGGUUUGAAUACACCUUGGCUCUGAGGUUUGGUGGUUGCAAAACUUGAACUGCUCUUGAUCUUCGUAGUAUUUAUCUGGCGAUAAGAUUCCGAAGAACCGGCGGUUUCUUUUUUCCCCGGAAUAGGCCAGCAGCACUCCUGAUACAGUACGUACCUACAUACUGUAAAGUACCCUGUAAUUCCAUAUUGGACUUAUAGUCAGGUACUGACCCAGAUAUAUAUACAUACUAAGUUUUGUCACCUAGGUACCUACGCAGGUGCAGUGUUGAUACUGAUAUUUUGGUGUCUGGAAGCCUGGCCUGCUGAU